CCAUGGAUGUAUAGUCUCCACAAUCAAACUGUUUCUUCCAGAUGGAAUGGAAGCUCGAUUGCGAUCAGAUGUUAUCCAUGCUCCAUUACCAAGUCCUGUUGACAAGGUUGCUGCUAACACUCCCAGUAUGUAUUCUCAGGAAUUGUUUCAGCUUUCACAGUAUCUACAGGAAGCCUUACAUCGGGAACAAAUGUUGGAACAGAAGCUGGCAACCCUUCAGCGACUACUUGCUGUCACGCAAGAGGCUUCAGAUACUAGUUGGCAGGCUUUAAUAGAUGAAGACAGGCUGCUAUCAAGAUUAGAGGUUAUGGGAAAUCAAUUACAGGCAUGUUCAAAGAAUCAAACAGAAGACAGUAUACGAAAAGAGCUUAUAGCAUUACAAGAAGACAAACACAACUAUGAGACAACAGCCAAAGAGUCCCUGAGGCGGGUCCUUCAGGAGAAAAUUGAAGUGGUCAGAAAACUGUCUGAAGUGGAGCGGAGUUUAAGUAAUACAGAAGAUGAAUGUACUCACCUGAAAGAAAUGAAUGAGCGGACUCAGGAAGAAUUAAGAGAAUUAGCUAAUAAGUACAAUGGAGCUGUAAAUGAAAUUAAAGAUCUUUCUGACAAGCUAAAGGUAGCAGAAGGAAGACAAGAAGAAAUCCAACAGAAAGGACUGGCUGAGAAAAAAGAAUUGCAGCAUAAAAUAGAUGAAAUGGAAGAGAGAGAGCAAGAGCUUCAAGCAAAAAUAGAAGCUUUGCAGGCUGAUAAUGAUUUUACCAAUGAGCGGCUAACUGCUUUACAAGUACGGUUAGAACAUCUUCAAGAGAAAACUCUUAAAGAACACAACAGCUUAGGCAUACAAGUUGACGACUUCAUACCUAAAAUUAAUGGGAGCACAGAGAAAGACAAGAUCAUAGAUGAAGGACAUCUAACCAAAGUGGAAGAAACAAAGCUUUUGAAAGAGAGUCAAGCAAGAGUCAAAGAAUCUGAUUUGUCGGACACUCUUAGUCCAAGCAAGGAAAAAAGCAGCGACGACACUACAGAUGCUCAAAUGGAUGACCAAGAUCUAAAUGAACCUAUUGCUAAAGUAGCUCUUCUAAAAGAUGAAUUGCAGGGUGCACAAUCAGAGACUGAGGCUAAGCAAGAAAUUCAGCAGCUGCACAAGGAGCUGAUUGAAGCCCAAGAGCUAGCUAGGACAAGUAAACAAAAAUGCUUUGAACUUCAAGCACUAUUGGAAGAAGAGAGAAAAGCAUAUCGAGUGCAAGUUGAAGAAUCUAACAAGCAAAUCAAUGUUCUGCAAGCUCAGUUGCGAAGGUUACAAGAAGAUAUUGAGAAUCUUCGUGAGGAAAAGGAGAAUGAAGUUUCAAGCACUCGAAAUGAACUAGUCAGUGCUCAAAAUGAGAUUCUGUCACUUCAACAAGUAGCAGAAAAAGCAGCAUCAGAACGAGAUACAGAUAUUUCUGCAUUGCAAGAUGAGCUGCAAACAGUGCGAGCGGAACUUGAACGGUGGCGGAAAGAUGCCUCAGAUUAUGAAAAAGAAAUUGUCAGUCUGCAAGCCACUUUCCAGCUCAGAUGUCAGCAGUGUGAGGAUCAGCAGAAGGAAGAGGCUACUCGCUUAAAAGGUGAACUUGAAAAGCUGAAGGCAGAGUGGAGUGCUCUGGAAGCUGAAUGUGUUACACUAAGGAAGGAAAAUACUUUGCUUACAUCUGAACUUCAAAGACAAGAGAAGGAGCUUUCUAGCUCUCAGAAACAGAGUUUAGCGCUAACCACCGAUAUAAGUGUUCUUGAAAUGUCUCGAAAGGAACUUGAAAAUCAGAUGGGAUCUUUGAGAGAAAAACAUCAACGGGAUGCAGCUAGUCUAAAAAGCCAACUCAGUGAAGCUGAGAGUCAAGCAAAAGAUGCUCAGAAAGAGUAUGAAAAAACACAGACUGUGCUCUCAGAGCUGAAGGCAAAGUAUGAGAUGGCCGAACAAGAAAAUCAGUCACUUGCAGAAGAGCUCAAGCAAUGUAAAGAAAACCUGAAGCUGCUACAAGAAAAAGGAAACAACCCUUCCAUAUUACAACCCGUCCCAGCCGUAUUCAUCGGCCUAAUCCUGGCUUUCCUGUAUUGGUGUUACGGCCCAUUGUGGUAGCGAAAGAGACAAUGGCCUUGGAUGCCUGUGAUGGCAGCUUUGGUUGCUGUAACAGCCGUCGUGCUGUACCCAGGCCUAACCAGAGCUUCUCCAUGAGAACUGUUGUUGAAUCCAUACACCGUCCUCCCUUUAGAAGCUGGCAACAUUCAUAUACUGAGGGAAAACAGAUUAAUUCUCUUCCUUUUUACCUCUUAAUACAGCACAGCUCUGCGUGAGAACAGCAGUAGGGUCAUUUGCUUUAAACUGUAUAAAAUGUAUCUGUCUAUAAAGAGGGAAUAAAAU